AUGACAGACGGAAUAUUUGUUUCUAUUAUGUUGCCUGCUUUUAUAGUCAAACAUGAAAAUUAAAUUGUAAAUUUACUAACUAUUUGACAAAGAAUUAACUCUUAUAAUAAAUACUUUGCAUCUCCUCUUAAUCAUAUGAAAUAUUUGAAAUUUCAUCAAAAUUUGGAAAGGAGUUUGGUGUUAAAUUAAUAAAAAAUUGUAAUAAUAAUUGCAAAAAAAUUAGCAUUAAAUCUUCGAGAUAUAGAAAUAUUAAUUGAAGAAAAUAGAUAGCUUCAUGCAUCAUAUUAAAAAUGUAAAGAAUCCUUAUAAAUUCUAAAUUGUGAAUUUAAAAAAAUAGUCAAUGAUCCUCUAAAUCAAUGUGAAUCAGAUAAAAUAAAAUACUAAACAAAAAAACUUAAAAAAGUGAAGGAUGAGAAUAAAAGACUUAGAUAACUUUUAAAGUACUUACUAUAUUUCUAUAUGUUCUAGAUCCUAUCUUGAUAAUAGUGAUAAUAGAAGAAUGGAAACACAUGCCAAAGUAGAGUUACUUAAGGAGGAACUUAAUUCUUUAGUAAAAGUAAAAUUUACUAUUGUUAUCAUAAGGAAUUUGAACAACAAGAACAAUAGAAGAAAUAAAAUGAUAUUUUAAUAUCAAAUUGA